GCGCGCCCAAUUUCUGUGUUAGGUUUGCGAAGCAUGAUCUGCGAGUAGUGCUACUGCUCGCGGCUCAUUCUUCCUGUUACCCAAGCAUAUCUGAUCCAACAGCAAUUAUAAAGCAGGUGUUCCGGGUGCUGGCGACGUCCAUUUCCCGCUGCAAUCCGGUCAUGUUUGCCGCCGCCCUCCUUCUCCCCCUCCUCGCGCUGCUCGCCGGUGCAAGCCCAUCGCUCCACAAGCGUGCUAUUACGGGGCCAGUGAUCACUUCCAACUUCCCCGACCCCAGCAUUCUCCAGGUUGGCGGCACCUGGUACGCCUAUUCCACCACUUCUGGCGGUAAGAAUGUCCCGAUGCAGACAUCUUCCGACUUCGUGCAUUGGUCGCCCGUGUCGACGGACGCGCUGCCGAGCGUUGGCGCCUGGUCGUCGGGAGGCGUGUGGGCGCCUGACGUUAUACAGUUGAAGGACGGCUCGUACGUUCUGUACUAUGCUGGGGAAUCUAAGGCGAAUCCGGGCUUCCAUUGCAUCGGAGUUGCCACGGCGUCGAAUCCCCAGGGUCCCUUCCAACCCCAGGCGACCGCACUCGAGUGCCCAAUCUCACAAGGGGGUGCGAUAGACCCGGAUGCGUUCUACGACGCCGAUGGCUCGCUCUAUCUCGUCUGGAAAGUCGACGGGAACAACAUCGGUCAUGGUGGGAACUGCAACAACGGCGUCGCGCCCAUCGUCCCCACACCCAUCAUGAUCCGCAAGCUAAACGCAGCCGGCACGGCCUACGCGUCGGGGUCUAGCGCGAUUCAGAUCCUAGACCGCGACGAUAACGACGGGCCGCUCGUCGAAGCGCCCUCCCUCGUGCGCACGUCUGAGGGCGUGUACGUCCUCUUCUUCAGCAGCAACUGCUACUCCGGGAGUCUGUACGAUAUUGCCUACGCUACGGCAACGAGCGUGACGGGCCCGUAUACCAAAGGACCGUGGCUGAUGAUCACCGGUAACCCGUUCUCCCAGUUGUACAGCCCGGGCGGGGCAGAUGUUAACCCCGACGGCACGAAGCUCGUCUUCCACGCGGACCAGGGCACAACCGUUGACACCCGUCAGAUGUGGACGGCGUCAAUCUCGAUCAGUGGGCACACCGUUAACAUUUGAGCGGCUAGUAUCACGUAGCACGGUUAUCUCUCAGGGAGCUAUUGUGUAUAUGAUCCUUUGUUAUACAUGGUGUCGCUCUGGUCAACUCCAUCUGCC